AUGAAGAUGCUGGUGCUCCUGGUGACGACGUCCUCGGUGGUCUUCAGCCCCGGCUUCGCCCUCAGCUCCCACUUCAGCUCAGAUGGCGCUCCGCUGAGCGAGCUGUCCUGGUCGUCGUCCCUGGCCGUGGUGGCCAUCUCCCUCUCGGGCCUCUUCACCUUCGUCUUCCUCAUGCUGGCCUGCCUCUGCUGCAAGAAGAGCAAGACCGGCUUCAAGGAGUUCAGGAAUGUGGACGGGGAGGAGUACCGUGCCGACGCGUCCGCCUCGGCCUCGCCGGCCUCCCGGACGGGCAGCCCGGACGUCUACAUCCUGCCGCUCACCGAGGUGUCUCUGCCCGUCGCUAGGCAACCGGCUCGAUCGGCCCAACUCCUGAAGCCCACGGACCUGGGCCGCCACAGCCUGCUCUACCUGAAGGAGAUCGGGAAUGGCUGGUUCGGGAAGGUUCUGCUGGGGGAGGUGGAGUCGGGCCUGAACACCACCCAGGUGGUGGUGAAGGAGCUCAGAGCCAGCAGCAGCGUGCCGGACCAGAUGCACUUCCUGAAGGAGGCGCAGCCGUUCCGCGCCCUGCAGCACCCUGCUCUGCUGCAGUGUUUGGUCCAGUGCACCGAGGUCGCUCCCUUCCUGCUGGUGAUGGAGUUUUGUCCACUGGGGGAUGUGAAGGGCUACCUCCGAAGCUGCAGAGCCUCAGAGACCAUGACCCCGGAGCCCUUGGUUCUCCAACGGAUGGCCUGCGACAUCGCCUCGGGACUCUUGCACAUGCACAAACACAACUUUGCGCACAGUGACCUGGCUUUGAGGAACUGCUUGUUGUCGGCCGAUGUCUCAGUGAAGAUUGGAGAUUACGGCCUGGCCCAGAACAAGUACAAGGAUGAUUAUUACGUGACGUCCGAUCAGAUGAGCGUGCCGCUGCGCUGGAUCGCUCCAGAGCUGGUGGACGAGGUGCACGGAAACCUGCUGGUGGCUGACCAGACCCAGCAAAGCAACAUGUGGUCUCUGGGCGUCACCAUCUGGGAGUUGUUUGAGUUGGGCAACCAGCCCUACAGGCACUACUCCGACAGACAAGUGCUGAGCUACGCCGUGAGGGAGCAGCAGCUGCGACUGCCCAAGCCGCUGCUCAAAGUGCCGCUGGCGGAGCGCUGGUACGAGGUGAUGCAGUUUUGCUGGCUCCAGCCUGAGCAGAGGCCCAAUGCAGAGGAAGUCCACUUGCUCCUCAGCUACCUGUGUGCCAAGGGGGCCAGCGAGGCCGAGGAGGACUUUGAGAGGCGAUGGAACUCCCUGCGUCCCAAUACUGUAUUCAACAGCCACCGCUGCGCCUCGGCAAUGUCCCGAGACCACCCCUCAAUCACCUCCUCCUCUUUUCCCCUCCUCGAGCAAUUUUCAGCCGGUGAUGGCUACCACUCGGAGUCCGGGGAUGACAUUCUUACGGUCACAGAGACCAGCCAUGGCCUGAACUUUGAGUACAAGUGGGAGCAAGCCAGAGCAGACCAGUCGUGCAGAGCUCUGGACUCCUCCGGUGCCCUGGUUCAGGUCAACCAUCAUCCCCAGGAAGCGUUUUACCCCCCUGGGGGCAUCGUGGGAGGCUGCCCCAUGGAGAGUCUCAGCCACGGACUUUCUCCUUCUUACUACCAAUCAAAACAUCUCCAUGCUCCAGGCAUACUUCCCGUCCUCAGUGCCCACAGCCCCUCGAUAAGCAGUGAAUACUACAUCCGCAUCGAAGAACCAGUGGACUGUAACAUUGAUCUGGACUACACCAUGUGCUCCUACAGCCCAGACUACCAAGGCAGCAGUGGGAGCUUUCUGACUGGGAGUGCUGACUCAGGCGAGUGCAUGGGCUGCCCGUUGCAGACCGAGGACACGGGUCCCUUUUGGACAGCAGACAUCCAUAAGUCAGAUAUGUACGACUCGGACGACUCAAGUCCUGCUAUCUCCCUGACAAUGGAGCCCCUCUUAGGGCAAGUGUUGGACGAUAGCCCACUACGGCCCUGGGAGUCCAGUCACUAUGUGUCCUAUAAAGACAGAGACGGAGGUUACUACUACGAGCACUCGCCCCCUUUGGGAAUAGAUCACUAUCUGAUCGGACGCCAGUUCUCCAGUGAGCGUCAUCAGGAGAGCUGGGGGUCCAGGAGCUUGCGUCAGGCCCUGGGUGAGUUGGAGAGAUCUCCCGCCGUGAACAGUGCAUCUCAACAGGCCCACAGAGACGCAUACAUGGACACGAGUCAGACCUCCGUCAUAGGAAAGAACGUGACGGGGGGCUACUACGACAUGAUGGGCUCCCUGAGGAAGACCAUGCCCAGCCACAACAGGCGUAACAGCCACUCGGUCAGUAUUGACAUGGAGACGGAGGGGGCACUGUUCAUCGGGCACAGAGACAGCGACACAGAGGAAGAGGAAGAAGAGGACAUAUUUGUUGAGAGACACACCUGCAACACUUGGCCUUCGAAACACCGCCACAGCAGCGCGGGUCACCACAGACGCACUAGCCACAGCUACAGACAGGACGCUUACGUGGACUUCCACUACACAAUGCCAAGUACAGACAUUGAAGACUCCUGGCCAGAGGAGCAUAGCCUGGCCUUCCACUCUCUUACCAAACCUGUGGACUAUCUCGAGCCCCACCAGGCCAAAGACAACAGUGCCUGCCUUAGUCUGAGCAAACAUCCUGCCACGGUGCCCUCGGACAACUGCAACGCCUACAUCUACCUGUGCCAUGAGGCCGAGACUCCGGUGCCGGCGUCUGGAGAGUGCUGCCACUCGCUCUUUGUCGACCCGCUCACAGGCUUGCUGGUCAGAAACAACAGCUACAGCCACAGCUACAGUCACAGCAGCUACGUCAGCGACAAGGCCAUUGACAUGCAAAGCAAUGACGAGAUGAUCAAUCUGUCGCCGGCUCCGGGCGGCCCCGUUGUGGCCAAGCCUUCCUUGAUGAAGACCGAGGACAGUAGAGAGCAGUAUGUAGACCUGACAACUGAUGAAGCGCUCUUCAAAGAGAAGAGGGAGGAUGCAAUCAAAGAAAAUCCAAUCAUGCAAAAGCCGACGGAGCCUAAAAUAGAAGAGGUGACCCUGACAACGACUGCAACCACUCCGCCUCCCGAUGACAACAUGCACGUGAUGGUCGCGCUCACAGAUCCGCAGUCCGAGUUGAGUCACACUGGCGACAGCGGUGUGGACCACGGGGGCUCCAGCGUGAGCCUCGCCGACCUCCUCGACUGCAGUGACGACUACGACGACAUCACGGACGACAUCACGGACGUCACCUCGGGCAUCUUUGUGGACGAGUCCAGCGAGCUGAACGCCUCUCCUGCCUUCAAGUCGCUGCAGAAGCAGGUGGGAACUCCUGAUUCCAUGGAUUCCAUGGAUCUGCCAUCUGGGUCUUGUGAAGGCUUCAGCCCCGCGUCCUUCCACCCGUCCAGCUCCCCUAAAGCUAUGGACAGUGGCUACGACACGGAAAACAAUGAGAGCCCCGAGUUUGCACCCAAAGAGCCUCAUGAAGCCCGUGAACAACCUCUUGGAAAUCCUACCCUUCAUACGAAAAUGGAUGAGGACAAGGAGCUGGAGGAGCAGGAAGUGGAGAGAGAGGCAGAACCAUCAUUGGAAGAAGAUUUGUCCUCAGGAGCCUCCCAGUCCGGCGACCAUGGCCUCUUACCGCUCAGCGAUAAGACUCCAUACAGAGACUCGGCCUACUUUUCAGACUAUGAGAAUGAAAGGCAGUCCAGGGAUGAAGGGGAAGAACUGUCAGAGCUUGUGAGAGAUGAAGAAAAUCUUGAAGAGGAACCACACAUUGGGGAGAGGAAGGGCGAGAAAAGGAAGAAUGAGGAGGAGGAAGAGCUGAACGAUGCUGCAGUGAACAAAGACCUUAAACUUGACAUGAAACACGUGUCGACAGGAGGAACCGACUCGUCCUCUCCACUGGAGAUUGAUGCAUAUGUGACCGGAGAGUGUGACCAGGAUGAGGUGCUGGGGCUACAUGUGGAGCCCUCUGACAGCGCUUCAGGGGCAGAGGGCGGGCUGGAUGAAUGGCCCUCUCAGGAAGAGAACUCGUCCCUCGGAGACUGGGCGGCAGAGGUGGUGGGGGCCAUGGAAGAAGCCCUCGGCGCCCUGAAUGGAGACUGCUCCUCCAACAUUAGGGAAGAGGAGGAAGAAGCAGAGGACUCUGUUCUAGAUUUAGAAACAGAAGAGACGAUUCAAAACAGACCUUCGGGGACAUCCGGUGAAAUCCUGCACACUUUACCCAAAGAUGAGGUGGCCUUGCAGCACACGGCGAGCACCAGGCGGUUUUCUUCAUCCUCUCCUCCUCCUCCAGCCGCCCCUCCCCUGGCGUCAGAUGGCCGAGGGUCUCCGGCUAACCGGGAAGAGGCGGACGAGGAGGACGGCGACACCGACGACAGCGACGAGUCGGACGAGGAGCUGCGGAUCUACAGCGUGCAGGAGCAGAGCGGUGGCGAGGAGAGCGAGGACGAGUGCCACCCGGUGCCCAUCGUGGUGAGCGACGGCAGCGAAGACCACGAGCUGCGCAGCCUCCUCAAGGUGCCGACCCGCCUCACAGCGGAGAACCUGGAGGAGGCGCUGGAACGCAAGAAGAAGACGGUGUCUUUUUUUGACGACGUCACCGUCUACUUGUUCGAUCAGGAAAGCCCGACUAAGGAGCUGGCGGAGCAGGACUUCCCUCUCGGAGCGGAGGGUCAGAGUUCACGGUGCAAAUCCCAAGAAAGGCUCAACGCCUCAGAUGACUCCUCAGAUGGGAACGUCUCAGAGGAGAGCGCAGGAUACGAGUGGGAGGACGACUUCCCCCUGCUCCCUCUGCCCACCUCCUCCGUGGCCCCUCCCCCCCGCUCCGCCCCCGACGCGCCGGACCUCGAACCGGCCACGCCCUCCUCCCGCUUCACCGUCUCCCCCUCCAGCGUGUCCCGCUUCUCCAUCACUCACAUCUCCGACUCGGACGUGGACUCCGCUGGAGGAAGCGGCGAGGACGGCGACAAAGAAUAACGAGCGGCGGACAUUCACCCGUCUCCCUGACGACGACUCGGCCUGCUAGCAUGACUUCUGAUCUUUUUGUUUUUAACGUCAGGUUCUUAGAAACAAGACAGUGCCUCUUUUGAAAGGUCCGUCUUUACCGACCUAAAAUGUUUUAGAAUGCUGAA